AUGCAGCGGCCUUCGAGGCAAGUGGAGGUUGCCAUCUCAGAGGAGGAGAUCUCUGGGGUGACUGAGGAUGGGGGAGAACCUGAGGUGGUGGAGCAGCAGCAGCAGCAGCAGCAGCAGCAGCAACAGCAGCCGCAGCAGCAGCAGCCGCAGCAGCAGCAGCAAGAUGCUCCACGAGGUGCCGCACGUACGGCUGAGCGUCCUAGGAGGGAUAUACGCCAACCUAUUAGGCUGAGCUAUAAUCGCACUGGCUCACGAAAUGUGGAGCAUGCUGGAAGUGUGGCUGAGCAGUGUGAUGAGGAGGAGAUAGCGCACUGUUACUGGGCAGCCGUCCCUGAGCCCAAGACACUUACCAAGGCCUUGAGUGGGCCCGAUGCUGAGAAGUGGAAGCAGAGUGUGAAGGAGGAGUAUGACUCUCUGCUGGAGAAUGAGACGUGGGAGCUGUGUGAGCUGCCUCCUGGGAAGAAGGCAAUCUCUUCGAAGCUGAUCUUCAGGCACAAGUAUGGACCUGAUGGGGAGCUGACGCGCUACAAGUCAAGGCUUGUCGCUAAGGGGUUCCAGCAGACGAAGGGGAAGGAUUUUGAUGAGCUCUAUGCUCUUGUGGGAAAAGGCACAACACUGAGAGUGUCUUUGGCGAUGGCCGCAUACCGUGGAUGGCGGGUAAAGCAGCUGGACAUUACCACCGCCUUCCUCAAUGGAGUCAUUCUGGAGGAGCUGUACAUGCUGCAGCCUGAGGGGUUGGAUGAUGGGAGCGGCAGGGUGUGCAGGCUGAAGAAGGCCAUCUAUGGCCUGAAGCAGGCUCCUCGUGCAUGGUACCACAAACUGGAGGAGACACUGCUGGCUGGGGGGUUCAAGAAGAGUGAGUGCGAUCACAGCUUGUUCCUGCUGCAAGAGAAGGAGCAGUUUCUCAUGCUCCUGGUGUAUGUGGACGACAUACUGCUCUUCUCUGAGUCGUCUGCAAUGAUUGAGCGUGUGGAGGAGAUGCUGGAAAUGCAGUUCAAGUGCUCCAAGAUGGGAGACGUGAAGUACUACCUGGGGAUGCAUGUGGAGAGGGACCUUGACAAGGGAGUGUUGAGGUUGCACCAGAGGAAGUAUUGUGAGGGGCUGGCCGAGAAGUAUGGGCUGCGAGAUGGAGGGAAGCCAGCCACCCCACUGCCUUCAGGGUUCACCGUAGAGCCCUGUGCUGAUGAGGAGGUGGUGGGAGAGAGUGACAGGAAGCUGUUUCACUCCAUGCUGGAAGCGGCCAAGAGGUUGGUCCGCUACGUGAGUGCAACGGCAUCAGUGGGAUUGGAGUACAGUGCCGUGCGACAGAGGCUGCAGAGGGGUGCAGCUGACUUGAGCAAGGGGGAGAUGCGCCUAACGUGCUACACCGACGCUAGCUUCAACUCUGUGAAAUCGGAUGGCACCAGCAUUGGAGGCUAUGUGUGCCUCUUUGGAGGUGGUGCAGUGAGCUGGCGCAGCAAGAAGCAGAACGAGGUGGGGCUGUCCUCGUGUGAGACGGAGUACAUGGCCCUUCAUCAUGGGGCAAAGGAGGUGGUGUAG